UUGGCUGGCAAUGACCUGAACACUGAGCAAAACCUGAAAAAGUUCAAAUCUGACCUACAGUUUUACAGCUCAACUCAUGACAAUAAAGGUGUUUGUUGUCACCUGAAAGGGGGAGGAGCCUAAGGUGUUGGUGGUUUCAAACAGACCUGGAGCUCAGGGUCUGAAGAGAGCAGCGCUGGCCGGCAUCCAGACCAGGGUUGUGGAUCACAAGCUGUAUGGCAGCAGAGCUGAGUUUGAUGCCACCAUUGACCUUCUCCUUAAAGAGUUUGGAGUGGAACUGGUCUGCCUUGCUGGUUUCAUGAGGAUCCUGACUGGGAUCUUUGUGAAAAAAUGGCAUGGGAGGCUCCUCAACAUUCAUCCCUCCCUGCUGCCUUCAUUCAAAGGGGUCAAUGCCCAGCAACAGGCUCUCCAGGCCAGAGUGCUGAUAACUGGGUGCACCGUCCACUUUGUAGCUGAAGAGGUUGAUGCAGGCGCCGUCGUGGUCCAGGAAGCCGUUCCGGUGUUGGUUGGAGACACAGAGGAAAGUCUGUCAGCCAGAAUCAGGGAGGCCGAGCACAAAGCGUUCCCUAAAGCUCUGGAGCUGGUGGCCAGUGGAGCGGUGCAACUGGGACCAGAUGGAAACAUAGUCUGGAAGCAAGAGCGUUGAAAUGUCUCUACUAAUGCAUGUCUGACUAAUGAUCAGAAACCAUAGUUUACAAUAAAGUACAUCACUGUCAAUUGUA